AUGAAAGUGAUUUAUCGUUUGCCAACAAUUAUUGUAUACAUUACAAUUAUUUUCAUAUUUAUUCAUUGCACAUUAAGUCAACCAUUAUCAACUAGUCCACAAAAAGAUGUUGAUUUUGUUGAUAAUUCAAUACAGACUAGACCUUCAUCGAAUUCAGAAUCAAAUGAUCUUAAUUUUAAUAAUGAUGAUUCUAUACCUAAACUUUAUUUGUUACAUCGUGAAUACAAUCUUAUGAAACAACCAAAAUCUCUAGGACCCACUCGUCGAGCAAACUUUUGGAAACGAGCCAAUUUUUGGCGUAAACGUGCUAAUUUUUGGCGAUGA